AUGUCAUCUACACCAAAAUACAUUAGCGGAGACGCUGCCGCGAUCAAUGAGUUCAUCGACAAAUUCGACGUCUUCCUCCUAGAUUGUGAUGGUGUUCUCUGGUCUGGAGACCAUGUCUAUGAAGGUGUUCCUGAGACCAUCAACUACCUGAAAUCAAAAGGAAAGCGAGUUGUGUUUGUGACAAACAACUCAACAAAAUCCCGCGAUGAGUACUUGAAGAAACUUACUGGCCUCGGAAUCCCAAGUGAGAAGGAUGAUGUAUUCGGCUCCAGCUACUCGGCCGCCAUCUACAUCUCCCGUAUCAUGAAGCUUCCUGAGGGUAAGCACAAGGUCUUUAUUAUCGGAGAGGCAGGAAUAGAGAAAGAACUUGACUCUGAGGGUGUCGCCCACAUCGGAGGCACGGAUGAGGCUUUCCGACGGGACAUCACAAACGACGAUUUCAAGGGUAUCGCUGAUGGCUCCCUUCUUGACCCUGAGGUAGGAGUUGUUCUCGCUGGCCUUGACUAUCACGUCAACUACCUCAAAUACGCUCACGCUAUGCACUACGUCAAGCGGGGAGCCACGUUCCUUGCUACAAAUGUUGACUCGACAUUGCCGAUGCACCACGAGUUCUUUCUCGGCGCAGGUUCUUGUCACAUCCCUGUUGUUCAUGCCACUGGAGUACAGCCCCUGGCGCUCGGAAAGCCCAGCCAGGCUAUGAUGGAUGCCGUUGAGGGAAAGUUCCAGCUCGACCGCGCUCGAACAUGUAUGGUUGGUGAUCGACUAAACACUGACAUCAAGUUUGGUAUUGAGGGCCGACUUGGUGGAACACUCCACGUGUUGACUGGUGUAAACAAGAAAGAGGAUUGGGAGACGGAGGAUGCUAUUGCUGUGCCUUCGUUCUAUGCCGACAAAUUUAGUGAUCUGAGACUGGCAGAGGAGUAA